AUGGAGGAGGGACGGACGGAAGUUAUACGAAAUGAUCGGGUGAAGGCGGGUGGUAAGGUGGUAAAUAGCGGCAGGAAAGUGCAGACGAUUGCCGAAGACGAAGAUGAAGAUCGGAGUGUGCCCAAAUACGUGGCCCGCUACGCCCCUUACACGCUUGGCUUCUACGGCUACAUCCCUGCCGACGCCCCUGAGUUGCCGGCCUACAAGCAAUACGACAAGAAGGCUGCUUCCUACUGGCACGGGUUCUACCAGAACAACAAGGCCAACUUCUUCAAGGAUCGGCACUGGCUCACGCGAGAGUUUCCUGCGCUGGCCGACAAGGAAGGAGGGCAGAAGGUGGUGGUCGAGCUGGGGUGCGGGGUCGGAAACACGAUAUUCCCUCUGCUCAAGGAGAACGCGCACCUGUUCUUCUACGGGCUCGAUUUCGCGCCGUCUGCCAUAGAGCUCGUCAAGAGCAAUCCCGAGUACGAUGAAUCGAGAUGUCAGGCGUUCGUCUGCGACAUCACGGAGGACUCCGCUUGGCCGAGUCAGAUCAAAGACAACUCUGUUGACUUGGUCACCAUGAUCUUCGUUUUGUCCGCCAUCUCACCAGAGAGAAUGGCCAACGUCGUCCGCAACAUCGCACGCAUUCUCAAACCUGGAGGCGUGGUCCUGUUUAGGGACUACGCCGUUGGCGACAUGGCCCAAAAGCGCUUCGAGAAGGUGGAGGGGCAAAAGAAACUGGGCCUCAACUUCCACGUGCGAGGGGACGGCACACGAGCCUACUACUUCUCCAAGGAGUUCACGGCCGAACUAUGGGGUGAGAUGGGGUUCGCCCUCGACGAAAACGACUACUGCCAACGGGUGGUGACCAACAGGAAGCAGCAGGUGGACCUCAACCGCCUCUUCCUGCAGGGCAAAUACCGCAAACAGUGA